GGCCUCGCGCUCGGCUGGGCGGGCGGUUUGGGUGGGCUCGCUCGGGCCAGCCGAAAACGCGGGGCUCGGGGCCUCGGGGCUCCCCUGCCGCUCCCGGCAGGCGCGCCUAUGGCGUUUCUAAGGUGACGCUGCGCUCAGCGCCUUUCUCCGGGCGCGGAGGAAAGACCUAUGAACCCCUCGGCGACCUUCUUCGUCGGGCGCCAGAACAUCGGGUCAGAAGUUGAGAUUUCCACCAUCGAGAAGCAGCGGAAGGAGCUGCAGCUGCUCGUGGGAGAACUGAAAGACCGCGAUCGAGAGCUCAAUGACAUGGUCGCGGUCCACCAGAGGCAGCUGCUGUCCUGGGAGGAGGACCGGCAGAAAGUGCUGACUUUGGAGGAGCGCUGCAGUAAAUUGGAAGGUGAACUGCACAAAAGAACGGAAAUAAUCAGGUCGCUCACCAAGAAGGUCAAGACCCUUGAAGCGAGCCAGGUGGAAUGCCAGACGGCCCUUCAGAAGACCCAGCUGCAGCUGCAGGAGAUGGCCCAGAAGGCCACCCACUCAUCUCUCCUCUCUGAGGACCUCGAGGCUCGAAACGAGAACCUCAGCAACACGCUGGUGGAGCUGUCGGCUCAGGUGGGGCAGCUGCAGGCUCGAGAACAGGCUCUCACCACGACGAUAAAGCUGAAGGACAAAGACAUCAUUGAGGCCGUCAACCACAUCGCGGACUGCUCCGGUAAGUUCAAGCUGCUAGAGCACGCUUUACGCGACGCCAAGAUGGUGGAGACCUGCAUCGUGAAAGAAAAGCAAGACUACAAGCAGAAACUGAAGACCCUUAAGGGUGAAAUCAAUAAACUGAAAGAGGAUCUAAAUGAAAAGACAACAGAAAAUAAUGAACAACGAGAAGAAAUCAUUCGCCUCAAGCAAGAGAAUAGUUGCCUGCAUGAUGAAUUGUUUUUUACUGCGGAGAGGGAGAAGAGGAAAGACGAGCUGCUGGACAUCGCGAAGUCGAAGCAAGACCGCGCCAACGCGGAGCUGCACAACCUGCGGCAGAUUUACGUGAAACAACAGAGUGACCUGCAGUUUCUUAACUUCAAUGUGGAAAAUUCUCAGGAACUAAUCCAGAUCUAUAACUCGAAGAUGGAGGAAUCCAAGGCCCUGGAGUCCAGCAGAGACCUGCGUCUGUCCGACCUCGAAAGCAUCCACCCAAACGUCGAUGUUAAGAGGGAGAAAAAUCAGAAGUCACUGGUUAAGGACCAAAAAUUUGAGAGCACGUUGAUUCAGCAAAUCAGGACAGACGAGAGCUCCUGCCAGGGGUGCGGAGAGAAACGGCUGCAGGUCGGCACUGCGUUUGGGGAGAGGAGCGUCGUUGCCGUCUCGUCUCUGUUCACAAAAGGCCUGGCGGGGAGACAGAAGUCUUGGUCUCUGGGAGGAAAACUCCCGACGGAACCGGAGAACAAAGACACGUCGUGCAGGAUCCACGGAAAACCCUCCAAAGGUAGCGGAGUCGGGGUCCCGCCGGAAGAGAAGCAGGUCUCAGCAGCCCCGGCGCCACGGGCCGACGAGAAGCCGCUGCACGAGGUCAGCGUCUUCCUGGGCCUGGCCGACUGCCCCGGAGCAAAGCGGCCUGAACGGCUGGAUGCCGAAUGCCAGGGCCACAUGGAGGGACCGGGAGCCCUGUGCUGCUGCAGAAGUGAAGGCUGCCUGGGCGACAGUGAUGUGUGCAGGUUCAGGUGCUGCCACCCCAGUAACUUCAUCAUCGAGGCCCCGGGCCAGAUGUCUGACACGGAGUGGAUGAGCAUCUUCAAGCCCGCCAAGCUGCAGCGGGUCGUUCGCCACAAGUCGGUGUGCACGUGCGCAGAGGGCGCCGGUGUGCCGAAGUGCCACCACUCCGCCAGCGAGCUCGUGGCCGUCCCGCAUUCCCACCGUUUGGGCUCCACCCUACAAGAGGACGAGAAGGUGGCGGAGACAGAGUCCUCUGCUGACAGGAAGAGCUCACCGAAGAUUCUGUCAGUGAGCAGAGAGGCAGCGUCGCCCAGUGAAAAGGAGGACUUUUCUCCCACGAGUAAGCUUCAGCGCUUGCUGGCGGAGUCCCGGCAGAUGGUCACAGACCUGGAGCUGAGCACUCUGCUCCCCAUCAGCUCCGAGGGCCUCGGUGGCGGCGCCAGAAAGCGCACUGGUUUUGAGGAAGAAAAAGUCAUCCGCAAACGUCGCUGCACCCACGCUCCCUCUUUCUAAUUACCUGGGCACGGGAGUGUAAAUUCUUGGGGGUCGAAAAACCAGUUUGGUUACAGAAAAUUUCGGAUACACACAGAAGCACAGUGAACACGGCCGCCGCAGCCCUUUGGCUUUCUGCCGCAUCUGUUCCCUCUCCCCGUCCGCACGGGGCUGCCUCUGAAGCCUCGGAGGCCAGUCCUGACCAGCACUCAUUUCGCCCACUGUCCCCAGCAGAUGAGGACGCCCAGCCAAACCGAAGAUUGUUCUUCGAUGUCCUCCGGUGACUAGUUCACGUCACGGUUUCCUCACGUCUCCCGAACGUGUCCUUUUACUCCUUGUUCCGCUCGCUGUCCACGCAGGGUUUCUGCUUUGCGUUCGGAUCUGCCCCUUAAGGUCUCUCUCAACCACGAGCCCUUUCUUCUCCCUCCCUUUUCCCUCUUCUUCCUACUCCUUCUCCUUCUGCCUUCUUGUCCUGCUCCGUUUUCCCCCCAGUGCCAUUGAUCUGUGGAAGACACACUGGGUUGUUUGUCCUGUAGGGUCUCCCACUUUUGGGGUCUUGCCGACUCUAUCCUCACUGAACCGCCGCCCCUGCCCAGACCAGUAAUUCCUGUAAACUGGUAUUUAGAUUGAGCUGCUGAUUAGACUCGGGAUCGGUUUGGGAUUUUGUUUGUCUGGGCCGUUCACUCCCUGACCCGCUGGCCGGCCCACCUGCUGUAGGUGCCCGGCUCCAUCGGGAGUUCAGAAGGUGGUCAGCUUGACCUUUUAUGCCGUCCGGCUCCCCGGAAGGCCGCUCACUGGCGUAGCGUCCCUCCGUUGGUCGUAUUCCGACCUGCUCGGUCGUCAGGAAUCGCGGCGUGGCGGUUUUCCAGGCCUGUCGUUCCCCAGGGCGUGUUUCGCGGGCCGGUUGUGACGGCCUUGUCUGCAGCUGCAGUGUGGCAGCAGUGCUGAGGGCUGUGUCGGGUCUGUAGCCUACACGUGAACCCCGAGGCGAACGUCGGGCUCAAGGUCAUGAUAGUUGAGGUCCCAGUUUUCCAAUCUGCAAGAUGAGGGUUUGGAACAGAUGCUGUAAAUUGAAGCUUCCAGGUACAUUACUUAAGUGUGCUAUGUGCCUCAUUAAAGAGAAGAGUGUCGUAAACCCCUUGAAUUAAUCCUGGCUGGUGUGGCUCAGUGGAUCCAGUACUAGCCUGCGAACCAAAGGGUCCCCGGUUCGAUUCCCAGUCAGGGCACAUGCCUGGGUUGUGAGCUGAGUCCCCAGUAGGGGGCGUGUGAGAGGCAACCACACAUUGAUGUUUCUUUCCCUCUUUUUCUCUCUCCCUUCCCCUCUCUAAACAGUGUGUAAGUAAACUCCUAAAAAGAAAAAAAGCCCUUAAUUAAACUUUUUUGCCAUCCCUGGCCAAAAACUACAAUAAAAAAGGUCUGCAGGAA